GGAUACAUACAGUAAUGAGAGAAACUUCUACAAGUAGAAGGCCCAUACCUCCGCCAAGGCCGAACAAACUUACACAGGAUCGUCUAGUUCUUAUAUUAGAAAUAUGACAGAAAUAAAAAUGGUCUGAUGAAAAACAACCUUGGAUCCACAUCACCAGCACCAAAAUUUAACAGGUUCUUCCCAAACCCCAUCCCUGCUACGAGUUCUCAUUUAGUCAUUUGUGCGUAAUCUGCUCAUAAAAAAAACAAAAUACAGACACAGUAAACAUAACCUCUGUGGCAGAAGUAAUAAUAUUUUUUAACAAACUGGGUCACUAACCCAGACAAUGGCAUAUCUGAAUACCCUUCGUGGUCAUGAUCAUUAUAGGUGAGUGUUCAUACGGCACAACUGCAGGCAGGAAAUGUCCAAACCUGUGAAGAUGAAAAUGUACAACUGACAUGCUGCAGAGUGACAGAGAAAUAAUUACACUUCUUGCUCUGGCACUGGAGUAAUUUAUCUCAAUUUACACAUUACUCACGGUGAAUUGUGUGGGGAUAGGAGAGGCCUACUUACUGCCCACAGCAUCACAGAACCAUCUGACACACCAACCAGCCAAGUGCCAAAUGCAGCGUUACCCUUUAGUAUUCAACAGGUGUCUGAAUCAAUGUUUUGCAUACUACAUCUUCACAAAGACCCAUUAAAAACGAUGGAUUGAGAAACCAAAUAUAGUGGACAUGAACGUGCAUUUGUUUUUAAGGCAGGAGUCUGUCUGAUUAAAAUGUCAGUAGAGGCCUUAAGACUAGUUUCAGGGCCCACAUUCACUUUGGAGCAGGAUACCCGUGGCCCCGCCCCCGCCCUCCGUUACGUCGUAGCCAUGGAGAAUGCGUGCCCCUCUCGUCCAAUGAGAAGCGUCGCUGGGGCCAUGUGUGUAUUGUUUAAACUGCUCAAACCAGGCCGAGUUUGCCCCAGUCGCGAUAAAACUUCCACCGCACUGAGUGAUGGCGGCCGCAGUGUCUGUUAGCGCAGCUGCCAGGGAUGAGAGCACAGACACGGGACUCGGCUUCGCCGCUCGUCCGCCGCUCCACGAGCACCACGACGUCGCGGCGGAACACGAGAGCUGGAUGGUCGCCGGGGACCGCGGGCACCCCGAGGUCGACGCCGUCGGCGAGGACGCGACGCCGGGACGCGAGUGUCAGCGGCGGGUCGACGAGGACCUGACCUCGCUGAGCCCCCAGGAGAUCGAGAGCCGCUUGGAGAGAACUCGCCGGGAGUUUUUCAACCGUCGAAAAAUCAUCAUAAAAAAUCUGCCCUCCGACGUCAGCAAUCAGGAGGUCCACGAGCUUUUGUGCAACUAUGACUUGAAGUACUGCUUCGUUGACAAAUACAAGGGCACAGCGUUUGUGACACUGCUCAAUGGGGAACAGGCGCAGUGUGCCAUCAAAGAGUUCCACCAGCACGCGCUGCGGGACAGGGAGAUCUCUGUGCAGCUGCAGCCGACGGACGCGCUGCUGUGCAUCGCCAACUUCCCCCGUUCUUUCACCCAGCAGCAGUUCGAGGAGCUGGUUCGACCCUUCGGCAACCUGGAGCGCUGCUUUCUGGUGUACAGCGCCUCCACGGGGCAUUCCAAAGGCUAUGGCUUUGUGGAGUACAUGAAGAAGGACUCGGCGGCCAGGGCCAAGUCGGAGCUCCUGGGAAAGCAACUGGGCUCCCGCAUGCUCUACGUCCACUGGACAGAGGUGGGCUCCCUCACGUACCCACUCCUGCACUCCAAAUGUCUGUGCGUGGACCGCCUGCCCCCCAACCUGUUGACGGCCCAGGACCUCCGCAACGCCCUGGCUGACACCAACGUGCCCGUCUUCUGCCAGUUAGCUCAAGGACAAGAUGGAAGUUUUCGGCGGUUUGCAGUUUUGGAGUUUGCCACCGCAGAGAUGGCUGAAGAGGCUCAGCGACUCUCCGGUGGCAGGCUGCUCGGCGGGACACACAUCCGGGUGUCAUUCUGCGCCCCUGGCCCUCCGGGAAGAAGCAUGUUGGCUGCACUAAUUGCUGCCCAAACCAUGGCUGUGAACAGGGGUAAAGGUCUCCUCCCCGAUCCCACAGCCAUGCAGAUACUCACAGGCCUCAACAACCCGGCGACUCUCAAGAUGCUGCUCAACCCGCUCUCACAGGGACACAAACAAGGCCUCCUCGGGGCAGCCCCUACGAUGCCGCUGCUGGCCAACCCAGCCCUCUCUGCCGCCCUGCUCCAGAUGCUCCUUCAGAACCAGGCCAAGGCCCAGCAGCAAGCCUUUCUGGGAAAUCAUCUUCUUUGGGCUCAGGCAGGACUCAUUGGGGAGAAUCAUCUGGCUGCUCUGCCUGUCCAGCAGGGAGUCCAUCUGCUCGGAGACCUGCCCCAAGGCGGUGUAGUCUCAGGUCUUGGUCUUCAGGCGGAAACUCUGCCGCCCCUAAAGCCACUGCCACUUGGCAGAGCCCUCACGAGGGAGCAGGAGUCUCCCACAGCAGCAUGUACCUUCCCCCCGACUUCCUCUCCCACCCUGCAGGGCAUCUCCAUGCCCCUGAUGGGUGGCAUGAUGGGGGCAGAUGGCCUCACAGCACAAGGGGUAUCCAUUCUAGGAGAUCCUCCCAAAGAUAUGACUCUACCCCAGAGUGCCUUCCUCGGUGUCAACAAUGGCUUUCCGUCGGCAGGAAGCUGCAGACCUCACCCCUAUAGGAAGAGGCCAACACUCAGCAAUGUGUCCAACCAGCCCAUGCACCAGAGCGUACAGCCGAAUUACAACCUGCGCUACCAGGACUCCUACAGCCCCGAAUAUCCCCCCUUACACCAGGAUCCUCUGGCCCACUUGUACGAACAGCAGGAGAACCUUGAUACUGGGGCCUUGGCAGGAUUCGGACAGCAGGCCCCUCGUCACCCCAACUAUAGCGAGCAAUUUUCCCACUACAGUUACCCCCCCAGCCCGCCCCUGUCCUCGUACUUCAGCUCAGGGCCUGAGGCCUCCGGUAAUGGGAGCCUCCCCGCCGCCCAGCUCAACAGGGCUGUGGGAAUGCCUCCUGUGAGCCACGCCACCAACUACCCCCCAGGCCUGGGGAACGCUGGGAAGACUCCCAUUGGAAGCCACAAGCGCGUGUUCUCCCGACUGAUCCCCUCGCCGGAGCCGAGCCCCGAGGGCGGUUACGUGGGCCAGCACUCCCAAGGUCUCGGUGGCCAUUAUGCAGACUCCUACCUGAAGCGAAAGCGUAUAUUCUAAGUGCAGCCGGAUCCUUCUUUCUUGCUGUAUUAGAAGCCAUUCAACGGCCAGGACACGGGGGCAUCUCCUCCAGUUGGUCCCUUUUGGGUUUGUCUCGUGUUUUCUCCUGUGAGUGACCCCUGGAGGGUGCUGAAGAAUGCAGCCUGUAGCUAUCUGGACACUUGUCUCCCCAUGGGAAUUCUUGGUGGUUGUUUAUUAUUAUUUUUUUAAUUAUGAUUAUUAUUUUUGUGUGUGUAUAUAUAUGAUUUUAGUGUGUUGGUAAAUUAAGUUUUUACUUUUUUUUGUUUGACUUUUAAUUUUCUGUUGAACAACUCGCACAGUGAGAAAAAAAGGUUAAUUAGCAGAGUCUUUUCUUUAUAGUGUUUUUUUUUAAUUUUAUUUUUUUUUUAAAUCCUGUGUUGUGUGGUUUUUGAGCAGGGCUACAGAUAGUUUGGCCAGUUUUUUCAAUGGCAGCCAUAAGCUGCAUUUUGUAACGUAAAGUGAAACCUGUCCACACUCUUCAGACAAAGGGACUACUAUAGUAUUCAAAACUAGCUUUACUUUUUUUUAAGUAGCCUUCCUAUUUUCAUGUAAAAAGUUCCAUAGUUUGUUUAAUGAGCUGGUGUUGUUUGUUGUCCCCCCCUCCCUUCGUUCCUUCCUUCCACAGUUAUAUUUUGCCGUAUGACUCUUCUGGGUUUCUUUUUCCUCAUAGGUUAACAUUCAGCUCUCCAUCCACCAAUGACGGCUGCUUGUUACCUGCCUGUGUGUGUGUUUAUUAAGGUGAAAGCUUUCUGGCAUAUUUUCUUGAGCCUUUUACUUCUUUCCACGUCGUUUUGUUCUUUUGAGCCGCACCCUCCAACUUGUUGUAUUUUACGGAGUCUGUUCUCUGCACUGGUUUGUUCAGUGGUGCACUUGGAGGGCACAGGUCACUACUACUCGUCUGUUCUCACAUGUAGAGGAUGCCAAUGUCCCAAGUCUCCGCACGUGGAAAACUUUGUGUUUUUUAUGUGAGUCGUGUUUUGCUAAGUUAAACUUUUUGAAUGUCUCUAAAAGUCCACACUGAGUGGUUGAGUUGGGUGAGCGAACAUCUGCCCUGUGCCGUCUCUCGAGCUGCCGGUACGUGUCCAGGAGCCUCGGCGAGUGGCCGAGCGACUGGAUCAGAUUAUUUUCUAGACGAUGACAGCUGGAUGGAGGGACACGGCCGAUGUUCAAAUGUUCCCAGUAAUGGUGGGAGUGGAGUCUGUCUGGAUAUACUAAUGGAAGCUACUGGCAGGUGAUUGGUCAGUGACAUGACUGUCCUUGUGAUUCUUUUUUUUUUUUUUUUUUUUUGUGAAUAAUUAUCUGGUUGACAGUUUGAUUGUGAAAACUCAUUACCUCUGACUUCUGCUAGCAAAUGCAGCUACACUUGAGCCUUAACAGUGUUUUCUCUGUGAUCUCAUCCUGCCCUGUGUUGGCUUCCAUCUACAUUUUACCAUUUCUGUGUUAUUUGCUGUGUAAAUAGUUAAAGGCUUGGAUCAUCCCCCCCCCCCCCCCCCCCACGAGUCCAAAACUUUUGUUUUCUUUAAUCAUACCUGCAGAGUCUGGUGUUUUUUGAAUGAAUUUGCUGCUCCUUUGGUUUUUUUUUUUUUUGUUGUUGUUGGCCUGUUAUGUUUUGAAAGCUGAUGUGACCAAGAGUGGUGCCGCAGCAGAUUGCUCAUGUUGUGUAUGGACCACGAGAUGCAGCUGUGCUGUAUGAUCAUCAUUCAUCUGGACUGAUUUGAUUCUAACUGCUAAACUCUCAUCUGUACCGCCAUGGUCGUCUCUGUACGUGUGUGUGUGACGUGAGCAAGUAAAUGUUAUUUAAACUCA